GUGUGUGUGUGUGUGUGUGUGUGUAAGUGUAUAUACAUAUAUAUGCACACUUUCUCCUUCAGAACCAGUCAUUUAUUUGAUAAUUGAGUGUUUUGGAGUGUGUUUGGUGUGAUGGACGCGAGUGUGUGGUUUGUGGUGGUUCUGGUCAUUGCCGGGGCGACACACGGUGUCACAGACGGAGACACAGCUGUGGACUCGGAGGAAAACAUGACAGAGACGCUGGUCAGUGAACAGCAGCUUCGUGGUGUUAUUGAUGAUCGUCUCCUGAAGAUGGCACUGAGUUCAUUACUGCACAACUUUCAGAGAAACACACGUGACCCAUCAGUGUUACACCACCCUCAACGGUUUGGGCGUGGUUCACACUCUGAUGUACGGACUGAUGAGAGAAUUCAGUCUCGGGACUGGGACAGCGUUCCACAACAGAUUUGGAGCCUCGCUGUGCCACAGAGAUUCGGCAAAAAGUAGCUUAUAAACACACACACACACACACACACACACACACACACACACGCACACACACACACACACACUCACACAGACACAGACACACAUACACACACACACAUCUAUUUUCUGAAUAAUUUCUCAUACAGUACUACAAAAAUCUUAACUGUGUUCAGGAUCUGAUUUAAUAUAAAUAAUAUUACUGCUGUUAUUAAAAAUGUAUAAUAAUAAUGAUAAAUAAUGAAUAAUUAAUAAAUGUGACUCGUUUGUUAUUGUGUUGAUUUGUGUGUUUUAAUGAA